CGCACUGCCGGGUGGGCUGAGGGGCGGCGGCGGCCUGGGAGCAGAGGAAGUUUGGGCGACCGCCGGCGCUGCUGCGAUCGGGAGCCAGACUGAAGCCCAGAGGACCAGGGUACGGGCGGACCGGCUUACGGACGCCCGCGGGCCCGCUGCGACCAUCUCGCCUCCUCUUGCCUGGAAAAGCAUUUAAGCCUUUAAAAUGUCCUCUAUCAAGCACUUAGUUUAUGCAGUUAUUCGUUUCUUACGGGAACAAAGUCAGAUGGAUGCUUAUACUUCGGAUGAACAAGAAAGUUUGGAAGUUGCAAUUCAGUGCUUGGAGACAGUUUUUAAAAUCAGCCCAGAAGAUACUCAUCUAGCGGUUUCACAGCCUUUGGCAGAAAUGUUCAGCAAUUCCUUCUGUAAGAAUGACAUUUUGCCUCUCUCAAACUCAGUGCCUGAAGAUGUGGGAAAAGCUGACCAAUUAAAAGAUGAAGGCAAUAACCACAUGAAAGAAGAAAAUUAUGCUGCUGCCGUGGAUUGUUACACACAGGCGAUAGAACUGGAUCCAAAUAAUGCAGUUUAUUAUUGCAACAGGGCUGCUGCUCAGAGUAAAUUAGGUCACUACACAGAUGCAAUAAAGGACUGUGAGAAAGCAAUAGCAAUCGAUUCAAAGUACAGCAAGGCCUAUGGGAGAAUGGGACUGGCCCUCACUGCCAUAAAUAAAUUUGAAGAAGCAGUUACAAGUUAUCAAAAGGCAUUAGAUCUUGACCCUGAAAAUGAUUCUUACAAGUCAAAUCUGAAAAUAGCAGAACAGAAGUUAAGAGAGGUAUCCAGUCCUACAGGAACUGGAUUGAGCUUUGACAUGGCUAGCUUAAUAAAUAAUCCAGCCUUCAUUAGUAUGGCAGCAAGUUUAAUGCAGAAUCCUCAAGUUCAGCAGCUAAUGUCGGGAAUGAUGACAAAUGCCAUCGGGGGACCUGCUGCUGGAGUUGGAGGCCUAACUGACCUGUCUAGCCUCAUCCAAGCGGGACAGCAGUUUGCUCAGCAGAUACAGCAACAGAAUCCUGAACUUAUAGAGCAACUUAGAAAUCACAUCCGGAGCAGAUCAUUCAGCAGCAGUACUGAAGAACAUUCCUGACUUGACCAGGGACCCUGGCCUGGAGCACAAAUGAUUAUGGCUCUUAAAUGUUUGCUGUAGAUAGUGGCCAAAACAAAGACACCUAAAGAAUCAGUCUAGAUGAUAGGUUUAUCAUAAACAGACUUGAACAUAACAUGACUCCUUUUAAACAAAUGCUCAGUAUCCCUGUUGAGUGCCAGUAUAGUACUGAACAGGGUUCCAUUUUCAAAUCAAAUCUUCAUCAUCAUAUUUGUAUAUUAGACCUAAUAGGAGAGUCUAUUUAUUGAAUAGUAGGGCUGUGUAUUGGCAAGUUUUUUAGCUCCAAAUUCCCGUAAGCAAACUUUUCUGAAAGAUGGAGAUGACCUAGGUUUCUCAUGCUGAUUUAGGAGAAAUAUACUGGCCACUGAACAGCAUGUCUGCAGAGAAGAAAUUUGUUGCCUAGUUUUAGCUCUGAUAGUGCUAUCAGUACUGAAUAUGUAUCACAGGGGCCAGUUCUGUCCUUAAUGCUGCUUGUUCUGAUGGGGAACAAGGAAUAAGAAGAGCUGGUGGGAAGCAGCAUUUGGUGCAAGGGUUGUUUUGCAAUGAGAAAUAGAUGCUGUGAAAGUACAGAAGGUAAAGGUAGGAUGUUCAGGUUUUUUGCAUAGUUCUUAAUUAAUCUUGCCUGCAGUUUGGUCUUGAUAACAUUAGCAUGGCCAAUUACUCUAAGUACAUAAUAAAAUACAUUUAGAAAUCCUUAAUGGUACUGGUUAGGUCCGUUGUAUAACUAUUCAAUUUAACUUAGCACAAUUUCCCCAAUGGUGACCUUACCAUGGAAACUCUUAAAUAUAUUUACAUUUAAAUAAGCCAGCGGUUUGGUCCUCAAGUUAAGGAUUUUCUAAGUGGCAUUUAAUUAUGUGCCUAUAAAUAAUGAUUUCUUAAAAACUAAUUAUUUGAUGGAUUAUAAAAAGCUUCUAUCACUAAUGCUGCUUGUUCAUAUAAACUUUUGCUAUAAUUUGGCUUGGCAUGUUGCUAUUAUGCUUCAUCUUAAUUUGAUAUAAUGUAAACAUAACAGGGGACUUAAAAUAUUUUAUUGAAAUCAGAUCAUAGUAGUUAAUGAAGAGAUAUGACAUUAAGUAUUAAUGGCAUGACUCUAACUACAGUGGAGAGACUAUUUUCACUAGAAUUUCUUUUGUUAUUGAUGGAAAUUGGUUAAGUUGGAUGAACAAGUGUUGUGAGAGAAAACUGAAAAAUUAAGAAAUGUAAGAUUAAGCCCCUAAUACUCAUGAUGAUGAGGACCUUACUAUAACUGAUCUCCUCAAAAGACUAAUAACGUGGUAUCUACAAGGUUAAAAAUCAACUCUUCCUUUCUUUCCCCUUGUGAGAUCAGAACAGUGGUUCUAUAAUUUCACUGUAAGAAUUAAUUAAAAAUGCAGUUCCCGA